AUGGCUGCCACCACCACCAGCAUCCGCCAGUUCUCAACCUCUGGCUCUGUCAAGGGCCCGUGCAUGCCCAGCGGGGGUUUCUCUCGGAUGUCCACAGUCCGUGUCGGGAGCUCCUGUAGAGCCCCCAGCCUCCUGGGAUCUGGCAGCUGUGGCAACAUGUCGGUCACCUCGUCCCGCUUCUCGGCGGGCUUGGGGGGCGGCUAUAGUGGGGGCUACACUUGCAACCUGGGUGGGGGCUUUGGCGCCAGCUUCGGUGUAUCGGAUGCUCUGCUGGGUGGUGGUGAGAAGGAGACCAUGCAGAACCUCAACGACCGCCUGGCCUCCUACCUGGAGAAGGUGCGCGCCCUGGAGGAGGCCAACACCGACCUGGAGGUGAAGAUCCGUGACUGGUAUAAGAAGCAGGGCCCUGAGCCCACCCGUGACUACAGCCACUAUUUCAAGACCAUCGAGGAGCUGAGGAACAAGAUCCUGGCGGCCACCGUGGACAAUGCUCGCUUGGUGCUGCAGGUAGACAAUGCCCGCCUGGCAGCCGACGACUUCCGCACCAAGUAUGAGACGGAGCUGAACCUGCGCAUGAGCGUGGAGGCCGACAUCAAUGGCCUGCGCAGGGUGCUGGAUGAGCUGACCCUGGCCAGAGCUGACCUGGAGAUGCAGAUCGAGAACCUGAAGGAGGAGCUGGCCUACCUGAGGAAGAACCACGAGGAGGAAAUGAACGCCCUGCGAGGCCAGGUGGGUGGAGACGUCAGCGUGGAGAUGGACGCCGCCCCUGGCGUGGACCUGAGCCGCAUCCUGAACGAGAUGCGUGACCAGUACGAGAAGAUAGCCGAGAAGAACCGCAAGGACGCGGAGGACUGGUUCUUCAGCAAGACGGAGGAGCUGAACCGUGAGGUGGCCACCAACACCGAGGCCCUGCAGAGCAGCAGGACGGAGAUCACCGAGCUUCGUCGCUCUGUGCAGAACCUGGAGAUUGAGCUGCAGUCCCAGCUCAGCAUGAAAGCAUCCCUGGAGGGCAGCCUGGCGGAGACCGAGGCCCGCUACGGGGUUCAGCUGGCUCAGCUGCAGGGGCUCAUCAGCAGCAUCGAGCAGCAGCUGGGUGAGCUCCGCUGUGACAUGGAGCGUCAGAAUCAUGAGUAUCAGGUGCUACUGGAUGUGAAGACGAGGCUGGAGCAGGAGAUCGCUACCUACCGCCGCCUGCUGGAGGGCGAGGAUGCCCACCUGGCCACCCAGUACUCCUUGUCCCUGGCCUUGCAGCCCACCAGGGAAGGUAAGAUGACCAGCCGCCAGGUGCGCACCAUCGUGGAGGAGGUCCAAGAUGGCAAGGUGGUCUCUUCUCGAGAGCAAGUCCAUCGCUCCACCCACUGA